CAGCCAUUCACGCGUCAGGACCGCCUGACGAGCCGCGGGAAACUCACAGUAUUGCGGUCGGCGACACCACGGAUUGUGCGGUCAGCGAUCGUGACGGUGAUCUCAGUGACGGCGGGAGCAGCGGCCUCGAGCAGCACAAGGCCAAUAACGCGUAUGCCGCUCUUGAUCAACACGCGAAUGCUGCGGGCGUGGGAAAGCACAUCUGGAGAAUACACCAAGACACACAGACAAGUGACCGGCAACGACUCGACUGCCGUGCUGUGUUGUACUCUCCUUACCUUUCCACUUCUUAUGGACGGGCUGGGGGGCGCGCGUGGGACGUUUGGGGCUGUUGAUCAGGACGAUUGUGUGCAUCUUGGGGUUGCUGACGAUCGACUCGAUCGCCGUGCUGACACCCGAGAGACACCGGACGCACUCGACGAAGCCCAGAUAACCACCUGCAGACCAAAUCAGACAGACAGACAGACAGACAGACAGGUGAGGCGACUGAGAUGGCUUUCCCUUUCGCUCUCUCACCGAUGCCGGUGCGAUCGCUGUCGCUCAGCCAGAGCACCUCGGGAAUGCCCUCCAAGCAGAAGGCAUCCUGCACACACACCGGACAGCCUCCUCAGUAAAGGGAUCACUGUGCCGUCCUGUGUCCUCACCUGUGUCUCCAGCAGCGCCUGUAUCAUGCGGAGUUUCGCUGCUGAGCGGGAAGUGACUAUGGGGACGGCUUUGGUCAUGGUUUCGACGGUGUCCGGGAGAUGGUCGCUGAAGAUGCUCUGCCACACACGGAGAUUCCGCUCGACAGCCUGAUUGACAGACAGGCGGAGAGAGGCAGAGAUGAACAUGUGUGUGAGAGAGGGGCCCAUCAAUGUGCAUAAACGAAUACCUGUGGCUUGCUUGGCGUGGCGAAGAGAUUGAACGCGUGACGCCGCUGCUCGUCCACCAGCUGCAGCUGACUCCUGAGCACACUGCUGAGAUGGUCAAGCUCCGUCGGGUUCUUGGCGAACUGAACCAAAAUGGAUACCCACGCAAGACACACACACGCACACUCAUGUCAAACAGCCCAUUUCCGUUUGUCAUCGUGUGUGUCUAACCACCCUCGGUGGCAGCCUUUUAUCCGAGGGUGCGGCCUGGCUGAUGGCCUCGAUGGUGGGCUGGGCGUGUUUGUCGACGAUGCUCUGCCACACACGCAGAUUCUGCUCAACAGCCUGACGGACGGACAGACAGACAGACAGAGACGAAUGUGUGCGCAUGAGAGAGAGAGAGGGAGAGAGAGAGAGAGACGAAUGUGUGAUUGUGAGAGGGGGGCCCCGUGACAUGCCUGUGCUUUGUUUGGUGCGACGAGGAGGUUGACAGCCUCUCGCCUGUGCUCGUCCACCAGCUGCAGCUGACUCCUGAGCACACCGCGGAGACUGUCAAGUCCUCUCAGCUGCCUCGCAAACUGAACCAACACACGGACGGACAGCCAGCCAGAGAGACAGACAGCAUCGAUUGCAUGACAUGACCAACGUGUUUGUGUGUGUAUUCCUUACCGGUGGCUGCAGCUGCGGCAGCUGUGCGGGAAUGGUCGAUGCUGGCUGCGUGCAUCCGACUGGCGAAUGGCUGUCGGCGACGAGUGGAUAUGACGGCGUUGGUGCUGUGAAUGGCAGUGGCUGUGGGCCAGUGGGGCCACUUGAUUGAUGGACCGGACAGGACACACAGAAAGCAAGAAUGGACAGCCAUGUGCACACCGUCAUGUGGAUGGCUUACGGUGUGUUGUGUUGUGCCAUGCAGUAUGGCGCUAUCAGCUUCUCCAUCACACGCUGCCGACAACCUUAAGAAGUGAGCGACAAACAAACACAAUGAAGGCAGACACAUCGAUUAUGGUACACACAUUGCCAUUGACAGAGAGUCUCCUCCUUACGUGUUAAUUUGUAAUAGUGUUGUGUGAUGAAGUCAUCAGCGGCCCUCCCAUGUGUGCCGCACACACGACACACUGUCCGCCUCUCGCCACUGAUCACGCACACACACACAGGCGAAUUGACUUGCCUUCAGUGACCCCAUUCGGCCGUCCACCUGAUGUCGUCGAAGUGGAGCCUCCUGUCGCCGAUGAACAGAUUCCCUGGCCCUCUCACGACCUCCUCGAUGACAUCGGUGUGCGGGAAGGCCCACACCGUCUCACACAGGCCGUCCACCAGCACACAGUCACUGCCCUGGGCGAUGGGCGGCGUGAGGGCUUUCCUACUCGACCGAAAGAGCGGCGCACAGUCGUCUUGUCGGUUGAGGUAGGCCUGGCCGCUGAUGUGCAGGGGAAGGGCGGGGAGGGAGGCGGUGACCUGCAGAUCUUCAUCGUUGUCGGGCAGAUCUCCAUAAGCAGCAUCACCGACACGCCGCUUCUUCCUUCUGUGUGUCGUCUCCUCCAUCUCAUGGGACAUUUCGGC